CGUAAAUAUGGAGAAACUUGAUGUUUAUAUUUUGUUUACUUUCUCUCCUUAGUUUCUUCGAAAUAAGGCUUCUUGAGCCCUAUUAAUAAAACAUGGAUUUUAAAAAUUAACCAUUAUUUUUGUAACCAAAACUACAAGAGGGCUUUUAAAAGGGAUUUUCUAUGUAAAUAUAAAUCGACUAGCAGUCCAAAUCUAGGAUGUCAAUGGCGUUGAUGUUCAAAAUACCGACAUAAAUCCAUAAUAUAAAUUAGAAGGAUGACUUCUUUUUAAGUUAAAGACUAUAUUAACUUUGGCUUUAACAAGACUUCUUAAAAACGAACUGUAAACAAACAAGCCCGAAGCACAACAAUUACAUUUGGAGGAGCUGCCAAUUCGUGAAGAACCAGGUCCUAGUAACUUACAAUUCCCAAGCAUUCCUUUGUGUAAGGAAUAUCAGGGAUGGAGGGGACCUACCGUUUUUAUGCCAGCUUUUUUCAAUAUAUAGAAAUACUUUUGUGGAAUCUUUCGAUUCCUUCUAGGUGGCACAACAUUUCCGGCAUGGCAAACAAUUUCGCUGUGAAAUAGGUGUAAUUAUCAAACAAUUCUCUCGGAACAUACUCGCCCCUAUCGUGAACAUGCGGGUCAAGCGCACUUUCUUGACAUUUGACAUUUCUGCAAAAAAAAGCAACAACAACAAAAAGAAUGAUUUAUGGAAGAUGGAUUUCUGCUACCCCAACCCCUACCAUCAAAAAGGAGUUUGGUUGGCGGUGUCUCAAAGGACAUUUUUCGCACAACUUGUGAAAAAUCUCAAAACAUAAGAAUUAAAAAUCUCCUAUAAAAAAUAACAUUCCAAAUAUUAUUAAAUAGAAUACAAACCAAAUACUUAAGUUAACCCCCUCAGGCAGCGCAUCAUUAUGGCUCUUCCUUUAGAAUUUCGAGACAUCUGCAGAGCCUGUAUGAAAAGGCGCGACGAUAUGAAAAUGUUUUUCUUUUCGCGGAUUAACUCGGUCAAUGUUGCAUCAAUGUUAACCAAAAUAGCCCUCUUGCCAGUUGAGCCUUCGGAUAGUUUGCCCAAAGUCUUAUGCAGCAUUUGUAUUAAAAAACUCAAUGACGCAUAUAACUUCCAGCAGAUGUGUAUUAAAUCUCACAUAUCAUUCAAUGAUAUGCUCCAAACUCAACAACAAUUCCCAAAGGACCCUGGCGAUGUUGUUAUAAAAAAGGAACCAUGUGAUUUAGCUAUAACUUCUGUUGAAUCUCAAAGUGCUGAAGUGUCCACAUUGAGUGCUGAUAAGAAUCUGGAUAAAGUAUUAAAAGAACCAAAAAUAGAGCCAGGAACUGAAGAAAAUUCACAAGAAACAAACUACUCGAUGGAAAGCUCAAAAUAUGUCAAGUCUGUGAAUAAAACAAAAACAUUCUCAUGUAAUUUUUGUCGGGAUGUUUUUGAGACAUGGAAUGAACUAAAUAUACACAUUGCGGAACACAAAGUAAGGAACAAUUUAAGAGCAAGAGCAGAUGAUAGCAGUAGCUGUGAUGUUCCAGAAAAAAGGAGAAAAACAUCUGAAGCAAGCACAUCCAAAGAAGUUUCUCCCUCAGAGCUGGGCUACGGACCAGGCUUUUCGGGCUAUGAUGGGCGAAGUGAAAAUAAUUCUCUGGACGGAUUACCUCUCGAACCAAUUUGUAAUGUUCAAGUCAAAGAUGAAAUCGUAUCAGACCAAAGCAGUUGUGAAUAUGAUGAAGAAGAUAACAACGGAUCCGUUAUAAAUGAACACUUUUCUACAAAUGUCGCUGAUAAUGAUGAGGGUGAAUGUAAUGGCCAAGGUGGCGAAAACCACAUCUAUGAAAGAAAUAUAGAUAAUGAACAUAAUAAUAAAAACGGGCGUAAUUUCACAGACUCUAAGAGUGAAGUUUGUGAAAUGUGCGGAUUCAAGCCAAAAAUUCCAGCUUUAAUGCACGCUCACGUGCGAAAUCGACAUCCAGAUAAUUAUAUGGAAUAUGUUGAAAACUUGAAAGCUUCAGGUGAAUGGGUUGUUAAAUGCAGAAUUUGUGAUGUGUAUUUAUUUAGCAGCACCAUAUACGGACAGCACUUGAAAUACACCCAUUCACAAAUUGUGAAUGAUUGUAGUGGAUAUUUCGAGUGCAACCAUUGCGAUCAAACAUUCAGCAGUAAAAAUGAUUUCUUUUUACACAAGAAUCAAGCUCAUAACAUGCGCCGAAUUAAUAAAGCCAAGCAGUUAUUUAUUUGUCUUUUAUGUGAUAAACAAUUUGCGCGGUAUGUUAAUCUUCAGCAACAUGAAGAAACUCACGAGAGUAAUGGAACAUCGGCCAUGGCUAUCGGAGGUGGCGGUGGUGCUGGACGAGGAAGUGUGAGCAGAGUGAGCUCUGUUAGCGGUAGCAGUGCUGCAUGUAUUCCAUUGAGCGGAUUUUUGAGAAAGAAAGUGGUUGAACCACCACCAGAAGAUGUCAUAGAAGCCCCUCCAAUUGUGCCAUAUUUAAAAAUAUCACCCAAAAAGUAUACAAAUAGCAACAUUACAACAUCUGCGGGUGGAAAAUUCCGCUGCACUGGAUGCGACAAAUCUUUCGCAACAGAAUUCGGUUUGAGAGUUCACAUUGGUUGUGUCCACAAAGGUAUGGAGAAGCUUCCACCAAAGAAAUCAACAUCUGCCUCUGUUGCUCCUCAAGCCAAAAAACCUUCUCCCCCACCACCACCACCUCCACCAACAGUUACCGAAAACUUUUGUGAAAUUUGUGAAAAACAAUUCGAUUCAGCAUUGGAUUGUGCUGUUCAUAUGAAGAAGCAUUACGAAGUAGCUUACACCUAUCGAGAACGACCGAUUCGAUGUAAAGAAUGUAAAUUCCAAUGCGCUCUUCGUUCAGAAUUCACAAAUCACAUCAAACAAAAACACAAGGAAAUAUACAAAAAACGUAUUAAUGGCCUAAAAACUAUGGCUCCCAAUUUUGAAGCCUGUAACAUAUGUUUAAUGCCACUUUUCCAUACAAAAACCAUAAGGCAUAUAAAUUCCCAUUAUAUGUCGGAGAACGAGAAGAGAGAAGACACCGAUACUGCAUUAGUAGCAAAACUCCCUUUAACCAUUUCAAAAUCAAUUAAGAAUUCACCAAAGGACCAUUCUACAAGACUUAAUCAAAAUGGCAAAACUAUAAAAUAUAAAUGCAAAAUUUGUUCGACACUUUAUCCAGAUAAAUCAUCACUCAUGAAACAUACACUUAUUGUACAUAAGAAAAAUGACGGAAGAAAACAUUUUAAUUGUAAAAUUUGUUUUCGAUCAAUUUCUGGAUUGCAAAAUUUUAACUCACAUAUGAAUUCACACAAAGGUGAACUUCCCAAAGCAACUCCAAAGAAUAGCCAUGCUUGCCAUUUAUGUUCAGGAAUUUUUGUCGAAAGAGAAGAUCUUCAGAAGCAUCUUGUUGUGGCACACAGUUUUAAUCCAAUGAUAUUUUAUAAAAAAUAAGAGAUAUACGAUUUUAGUCUGACUUUCUGAUAUAUGUUAUUUAAUAUAAUUCAUAAUUUAUUAAUUUUUUGUUCAAAAAGAAAUCCAUUGAAACACAAAAAAAAACAUAGUUCACCAAAAAUUCCAUACUAACACACCAUUCAAGUAUUAACAGUGUUAUUCGCGAAGAAAAUGAAUUACCAGUAAAAAUAUUUGUGAAUAAAAAGUCAAGUAUUUGUUAAUGUACCUACCUACUAAAAAAAUGUGUAUACGUUUUGUCUUACAAUUAAAAAAUCAUUCCCAUUUUAA